AAUGAUCAUCGUACGACUUAUUAAAUCCAGACACUCCGGGAAAAAAUGUUCCUCAAGUUAUGUACAAGAGACAAUUUCUUGAAAAGAUAUUGUCAAACGGGUUGAAGUCUGAUUGUAUCAUUAAAUUACCAUACAGUAUGAGCUGGCAUGGACGAAGAGGUGGAUGGCGAGAUGACCAUGAGAACAGAGACAGACAGCAGCAUCGUGGUUAUAGGGAUGGACCCAGGGGGCAUGACAGAUAUACAGAUAACAACGAUGAGGGACAAGGGGAAGCUCCUCUACAUAAUGACAGAUGGAGAAAUCGUGGUUAUGGUAGACCAGGCUAUGGGCGGGGGCGUGGUAGGAACAAUGACAACAAGGGCGGUGGAAGAAGAGGAGGCAGACCAGAAGGGCUCAGGGGACGAGAUAUUGGAAUGUUUUACGCAGCUCGAAGCAAGGCAAAGAUGAAAGAAAGGGAGUUUCAAGAAAGACCCCUUGUUGCCAUGGAAACUAGUGACAUGACAAAAAUCCAAAGAGUAUUGGAUUUGGUCAAGGAUAGCCCAGAGGAAAGGGAGAGUGGAACAGAGUUGAGGCAGAGACCUGUUACAGCCCCACAGAAAACAACAUCCAUAACUUGGCAGAAUCGUCAUGAAGGAAGACCCUCUUCAUCAAGGGGGGCCAGCAAUGUCAUCGAAGAACCUGGUGGGCUGGAAUCAACAAAGUCAACAGAGGAAAAGGAGGACAGUGCCACUUCUAGUGUGAAGGAAGAGGAGGAGGAGGGGCUUAUUCUACCCAAUAUGGAGGAGAUCAAGGAGCUUUCUGAGGAGAUCGAACAGAUUUUACCGUCAGACUUUGAUUUUGAGUUUGAGGAAGAGAUUGAAUCUCAGCCUUAUCUUAAUGCAAGCUUUAAGGAAGAGAUGGAGGAAAAAAUGAAGAGUUCUAAAUAUAUGAAAAUGUUAUCAAGUAGGAAACGCCUACCUGCUUACAAACAGCGACAGGAAAUCAUUGAUCUCGUUAACUCAAACCAGAUCAUUGUGUUAAGCGGUGAAACAGGGUGUGGUAAAACUACUCAGGUUCCACAAUUUAUAUUAGACGAUUACAUUGAAAAAGGCAAAGGGUCUUUAUGCAAUGUUGUUUGUACCCAGCCACGAAGGAUAUCAGCUAUUUCAGUUGCUGAGAGAGUUGCUGAUGAGAGAGCAGAAAAGCAGUUAGAGCAAUCAUCUGUAGGCUACUCCAUAAGAUUAGAAAACCGUUUACCAAGAAAAAAUGGCUCCAUUUUGUUUUGUACCACAGGCAUUAUCCUUAGAAGACUAGAGUCUGAUCCAAAGUUGAAGUCUGUGUCCCACAUCAUCAUUGAUGAGGUGCACGAGCGGGACCUUCUCUGUGACUUCCUGAUGGUGGUCGUGAAGGACUUGGUGGCUCUCCGUCCAGACCUGCGUGUCAUUGUCAUGAGCGCUACCCUCAAUGCAGAAAAAUUCUCACAGUACUUUAAUAACUGUCCUCACAUCAAUAUUCCUGGAUUUACCUUCCCUGUCAAACAACAUUUCCUGGAAGAUGUGAUUCAGCUUACAAAGUAUAGACCUGAUCCAGAACCCACCCAAAGACAUAAAUCUAGAAGAUAUCCAAAAUGGAAGAAGUAUAUGAUGGAGGAGGAGGAACAAGAGGAGUGGAACAUGAAGGCCUGGGCCAGAAAUCUGCCCACCGAUCAAUACUCUCCCACCACAAUAUCAGCGCUGACGCAGAUAGAUACAAAGAAAAUUAACUUGGAUCUUGUCAUGGAGCUAUUGCGUCAUAUUGUUAACAAAAUGGAGGAUGGAGCUGUGUUAGUUUUUGUUCCAGGAUGGAAAGAAAUAUCAGAUUUGAAUAAGCUUUUAUUGGAAGAUUCACGGAUAAAUUCUAGAGAUCUGCGCAUUGUGCCUCUUCACUCUCUGAUGCCCACUGUGAACCAAAGAGACAUUUUUGAAAGACCUCCUGCAGGAAUUCGGAAAAUUGUCAUUGCUACCAACAUAGCAGAGACAAGUAUAACUAUUGAUGAUAUUGUGUAUGUCAUUGACUGUGGCUUUGUGAAGGUCAAGGACUUUAACCCAGAAAAAGGACUUCAGACUUUGGAGAGUUUUCCUGUAUCACGUGCUAAUGCUCAGCAGCGCAAAGGCAGGGCUGGGAGAGUGCAGGCCGGCCACUGUUUCCAUCUGUUCACAAGCCUUCAGUAUGCAGAAAUGAAGGAGUACAUUGCUCCGGAGAUACUAAGGACCAGAUUAGAGGAGCUUUGUUUGAUGAUAAAGAUACUGAAAUUGGGAAAGAUAGAAUCUUUUGUCAACAAGGCUCUAGAUGUUCCUUCUGCAGAGGCCGUGAAAGCCGCCAUUGUCAACCUACAAAAUCUUCAAGCUUUGGAUGACAAUGAAGAGUUGCUUCCCUUGGGGUAUCACCUGGCUCGACUUCCACUUGACCCUCACACUGGCAAAAUGAUCCUGUUUUCUGCCAUGUUUGGCUGUCUGGAUCCUAUCUGCCUGAUUGCUGCCUGCCUCAAUUUCAAGUCACCUUUUUUUACCCCUCUGGGCAAAGAAGCUCAAGCAGAUAGAUGCAGGAAAGCCCUUGCUGGAGACAGCCCUAGUGAUCAUAUCAUGCUGCUUAAAGCCUUCAAGAAAUGGGAAAUUGCUUCAAGGAACGGAAAUGGUAGAAAGUUUUGUUAUGAUAAUUUCAUGUCUGAGAAUGUAUGCAAGAUGUUGAUGAAAAUGAAAAAGCAGUUUGCAGAGCUGUUGUAUAAUAUUGGAUUUGUAAACUCUCUAGAUCCAAGAAAUAAAGUAGCUAACAUUCAUUCAGACAAUGAAAACUUGAUAACUGCUGUGAUAUGUGCUGGGCUUUAUCCCAAUAUUGCCAAAGUUCAUAGAGUCGCCAAACCUAACAGAAGCACUGUGUCAGUUAUUCUGCAGAAUGGAACCAAGGGUUACCUCCAUAAAGGGUCUGUUAAUGCCAACGAGACAUAUUUUCCAUCAAAAUGGCUGAUUUAUCACAAAGUUAUGAAAACAAUGGCAGUGAACGUUUAUGACUGUAGUGUGGUUUCGCCAUACCCUUUGCUAUUCUUUGGCGGCAAAAUUUCAUUCUCUGUUACAAAUGUGAAAGGAAGAGACAGAGAAUGCGUGGAAAUUGAUGGUUGGAUCCCCUUUUGGACCGAGAGAGCAACUUAUGAUCUAGUCAAGGACCUAAGGAAACAGUUGGAUAAAAUUCUGGAGGACAGAAUUGUGUCACCACGGGUGGUUGAUCUGACAGUCAGCUCCAAGGAACAGGUCAUCAUUAACGCCAUCGUCGACCUCAUCUCGAAGGAGGAGGUCACCCAUCACGACUUCAGGGACGACGAUCAAUGGGACUCUAAUGAGGUGGAUUACUGAGGACCAGCAAAGUCUUAAUGAUGAAAUUCCCAAGGGCUGGUACAAAAUGGUACAGGUCAGAGAAAAUGGUACAGCUUACUGGUAUGUGUACCAAUACAUGUACCUUAAGCCAUGUGAUCAAAAGGAGGAUUGUUGCCAAAAUCUCCUUGUGGAAGAAACGUUGGAGGUUUCUUAUUUUAUUGGUUUAAGAAUUUUUUUUAUUCUUAUGAUUCUUUAGGAGAGAACAUUUAUAGGCAUAUUGCCUGCUGACUGCUGUUUAAUCCUCUUUGAUGUAUUUUUAUAUACUUAUAUAAAACACUUCUUAAAUCAAAUGAAAUAAAUUAUAUUCUAAUGAAAUUUACAUAAAAAUUUAUGAUCAUUACUUCUUUACUGAAACGCUAGAUACAGUUUUAUUUAUUGAACAGUACAUGUUUUACAAAAUUUAUUAGGUGUACAAAUGUACAUGCCAGAUAUUUUUUUCCGCAAAUUCAUUUUUUUUAGUUGACAAAGAUGUUUUUUUCCUUAUUUUCUAUAACUGAAUAAAAGAUUAAAACUU